UAUUGCUAUCUGUGUUUGUCAAGUAAGAGAUGAUGGAUCAGCGAGCGAUUGUGCGUGUUUGUUAACACGAAUAUUUGUUUAAUUGUGAUUUAGCUGGUUAAGUUAAUUAUUAUGAAUGAACAUCAUAAAAAUGCUAAAGCAAUAUUUAAGAACAUUACUAUUUAUGUUUAUUGUUAUAUACGCAAUAGUAAUCGGCAAGACAGAUAUAUUAAACGAAUUAAUUGAAGAAAGUGCCCAAGUUGACGAGUGGCUUGAACAGAGUGAUUUGGGAGAAUAUAAAAAGUUAUUUAGAGAUUAUGGGAUCUCAACGUUGUCGGGAUGUGCGUCGCCCGAGCACUUGGACCGUCUUCCCGAGCUACCAGCUGCAGAGGAGAAACGCUUGCGCCGCGCUGCACAGGUGCUGCAGCAGAAACUGGUGCUACGACAGUGGCUGGCCACAAGAUCACUGCAGCAUGUGUAUAGCAAAUUACUCAGCCUGGAUGUAUCCUCCUUAGAGGACGUUUACUGGCUGGAAGACUCAAUUGCGCGUCAUGUAAUUGAUGCGAAGGAUUUCAAUGCGUGGUCUCUUGCCCGCCAGAGCCUGCCCACGGGCAAGGAAGAGCUGCAGUCGUUGAAGAACGAGCUAUGGAACACGGUGGUGAAGAGCAGCAAGCAUCAGGACGCUUGGACAUGGGGUGGUAUGUUGAUAGUAUCAGUGUCGGUCUGUGGUCUGGUGACCCUGGCUGCCAUGACGCAGCCUUCGCUGGCUCCCGAAGCCAAGCACUCGUUGCUUCAGUAUGUUACUGGAAAAUAUCUCCACCCGCCCAGUUGUAAGGUGGAGUGGGGCUGGGAGGAACCUCAACCAGUUGGCGACACAAUGUGCUUCACGGUCCACUGCUACCAAAGAAAUGGACAUCCCUAUCCGAUUUGCGAUACUGAUGACCUCACUGUACACAUCUCUCAUGGGACUAGGAAGAUAACUGCAGUAAUGGAGUUAGGUUCCGGACAACCGUCGCUUGCGCACACCGCUCGCGUCAAAUUCACAGUACGAACAGCUGGAGUAUAUGCUAUAGCUGUUAUGAUAGGUGGUGUGGUAGCAGCAUGUGGUCCCUUUCGCAAGUGGUUCAUAGCUGGGGGUGUGGCAGCACGUCGCUCCAGAGUAGGGCGUGACCCGGCUGCACUCGUUUGCGCUGCUGGACGUCCACGGGCCUUACACGUCCAUCCAAGGGAUCAUUAUGACAACAUUGCAACUAUUGCCACUGAUGAUGCUAAGAGCUUUUCAAUAGAAAUAUCUCCGAUUGGUGGUGAGGUGGACAAGUCCCUAUCGUCAGCUGCCCAAUUCGAAUAUGAUAGUGUAAAUCAGCGUGUGAGCGUUUCCUUAUGUUUUCCUGAGGCGGGAGUGUUCAAAGCUGCUAUUUCUUAUGAUGGGGUGUUAUUACAUAAUGGACAGUUUGACUGUAUUGUUUUGACGCCAAGCGAUGCAGCCACAGUACAACGCGCGCUGUCAUCAAAACGAGCUACAGUUUCGUACGAGGCUCGCUUAUUAUCCCCUGGCAAGCAACGCCGGGUGCUUUGCUGUUUAAGUCCUAAGCAAUUGAUCAUAAAGGACUACAUACUUAAGAUUAUCCCUAAGAGAAUUACAUCUUUUAGGGUCUGCCCUUCCACUAAGCUAAUAGUGCGUCCCCGUGAAGAGAAUCCAUGUCCAGGGGGUGAACUGGUUCUGGAAGACGGUGUCCAACCUCCGCUAAGGCUGCACUGUGCUGCAAGAGAUCUUCUUGCUGCUACCUUUACACGCCUUUUGCUUGCUAACUGUGGCGGAGAGGAUACAUUUAAGAACAAACAAGAAUUCUUCUACAGCGAAAUGCGUACAGCGCAUGCCCGUCACCCACACGACAAGAUCGCGUUGCGCGUGCGCAGGGACGACUUAGUGCGUUCCAGUCUUAAGGCCACCAAACAUUUUACACUUGCCGACUGGUGCAAGAAUUUUGACGUCGCUUUUCACGGCGAACAGGGCGUGGACUGGGGUGGUGUUCGCAGAGAAUGGUUUUCACUACUGUGUGGUCAGUUGUUCGACGCAAGAUUCGGUCUUUUCGUCUCUUACAGCGAAUCAGCGACUGGUCUAGUACACCCGAAUCCGGAUAGACCAGCACAUCUCAAACUAAAACACUUUGAGCUGGCGGGCAAAGUAGUCGGCAAGUGUUUGUACGAAAGUGCCCUGGGAGGGUCUUACCGACAACUUGUGCGCGCGCGCUUGGCUCGAUCUUUUCUGGCGCAUAUUAUCGGCUUGAGAGUUCACUACAAGUACUUCGAGCAAGAUGACCCGGAACUCUACCUUUCAAAAAUAAAAUACAUUCUGGAUGCGGAUUUGGACGCAGCGGACUCGUCGCCGGAAAUAUAUUUCGCGGAUGACGUGUACGACUCUAGCGGACGACUGCUUGAGACGAAGGAACUUCUGCCUAAUGGAGCUUCUAUACGGGUGACAAAUAGCACAAAAAUGGCGUAUUUGGAUGCGCUGGCGCAGUGGCGCCUUGCUGGCCGAUGGCGGGCAGAAAGCGACGCCUUUCUACGCGGGCUCACUUUACUCGUACCGGAUAAUCUGCUCGCAAUAUUCGACGAAAAUGAGUUGGAGUUAUUAAUGUGUGGCACUGGCGAAGUGGAUGUGAGCGAUUGGCGCGCUUAUGCCCUGGUCUCGGGAUCGGGUCGCGAGUGGGAACGCCGUUUGAACUGGCUCUGGGCCGCACUCAGCAACUUCACCAAUGAGGAGAGGGCUAGACUUCUCCAAUUCACCACUGGAUGCUCCCAGCUCCCGCCGAAUGGAUUUCAGGAUCUAAACCCGCGGUUUCAAAUAACCGCAGCGCCUACUUUCGGCGCCUUACCCACAGCGCAUACAUGUUUCAACCAGCUCUGCUUACCGGAUUAUGACUCUUACGAACAAAUGGUCCACGCACUGUUAUGGGCUAUCAAUGAAGGAGGGGAGGGAUUCGGUAUGAUAUAAUGCGAUGCGUUAAACCGCUGUGUUUCCCUAAAAAUUACGUUAGUCCAUAUAUUAAAAAAAAUAGUAUUUGAGCAAUAAUAGAUAUUGCUUAUAUAAUAUGACAGUAUUUCUGUUUAGUGGCUGUCCAUUAAUCACGGGAUGUUUUUUUUUAAUUUUUUAAACCCUCCUUUCCUCAUGAAGAUACGUGGUGAGGCUUAAAAGGUUGUGGUUUGACGAAAAAAUUAGUUCACGUGAUAUCUUACUAUGCCCCCCCUUGUGAUUUUUGCCGAACCCCUCCCCUCUCCAUUUGAACCUUACGUGAUUAAUGGACAGCCCCAUAUAGUGUAGUUCAGCUGUAUAGUAAGGAAUCAAACCUAUACUCUAUUCGUUAUCACAGUAGAAAGAUACAGCUAUAUCCUUUUUCAAUACAAUAGACAGAGAUGGGCUAUAUAGAAUGUUCAAAGUGCACGCCAAAUAUCUAGUCUUAAAUCAAAUGUCCUAAUUAAUUUAAGUCGUCUUGGAAAUGAAACUUAUACAGCAAUACCAUUUCCUUAUAUAUUUUUUAAUUUAUUAGCUUGUUAUUGUUUCAAACGUUUCAUUUUGACAGCGUCUGCAUUUCUAUGUAUACAAUACGAUCAGAAGUCAGAAUAUACGAAUAUUACGAUACAUACUUUUAGUUCUAAAUAGACGUUUUGCUUGAGUGCUUAAGAAAAAACUUACUUUAACCAAUGUGAACGUUUUGUUAUUUAAGAGUUGCUAGGGUUUAAAGAUUUUAUGCAAAAAUUAUACAAUGAGGCCUGCUAAAACAUAUUGUAGGAACACAUUACAAAGUUUCGAAUAAAAAAAAGAGCGUGAUUAGGGAGCUUCCUGUUGACUUUUGCAAAAUACUACAGUUAGUCUGGAAAGCGUAUAUAAGCAGAUAAAAUGCUUUACAAAAAAAUAUAAUUUGAACAUGCAUUUAAUACAUCUACAUUACUCGACUUUAUGUGUUCAACAGUCGUAAUCAAGAUCUCGCGUCGAGUAAAAAUUAAAUUUGCCUUUAUAACAAGGGAAUAUUUACUAAAAUCUACAGUAUUUGAGGAAACCAAAGAAUUAUUGCAUUCCAUGAUAUUACUAUAACUUUAUAAUUUUAUUCCUAUUUUUUAUUUAAGGCUAUUUAUCUAAUAAAACUUGCACAAAUUUUAUUUUGUAUAUUAUUAAUAAAUUGUAUUAUUUCGCUAACAUCAUUUGUUAUCUAGUCAUGUAUGUCAUAAAUAAAACAUUUUGGAAUGUGUGCGUAUACGUUCAGGCGAAAUGCGUACGCGCACGUAAAAUAGGGUGCAUAAGUAUUCUAUUAACCUCAUAAUAACAUUUGUCUAUGUGACCGCAAAACAGCAAAAAUGUAAACUACCAACAUCCCCUUGUAUGCCCUUGAUAAAUUAAUAAAACCUUUUGAUUGUUUAGUAAUUACAUAAUAAGAAACAUUAUAUUUUAAUUUCGUGCUUUGAAUGUAUAUUUUUAAAGGAAUUAUUAUGGAAUUGCGGACGAAUAAGACCAGUAAACUAUCAACUAACCCUGCCUGUACAAUUACGGCCUAAUUGAAUGAAAAUAAUUUAUGUAAGCGUUACAUAGACUCCAGGUGAAAGCAUUAAAAGAUGGCGUAUGCUGCCAGUUUUGAAUAUAUCAUAAUUAUGAAACGUAUACGUAAUAAGACAUAUAUCAAAUACUCCAAUAUACAUCGAAUAGAUGGUCGCGACUAAGCAUAGAUUUUAAAUUCUGGGGACACAUUGUUUGUACUCAAUAUGAAAUAUCAAUUUUAUAAUAGUGUAUGAAAAUCUCAGUGUAUAAUAUUUAUUAGAAAUAAUGUAAGCCUAAAGUGAAAACUCCAUAUGUAAUAAACUUUGUAUAUAAACCACCUUUGUCGGAGAUACGCUAAAUCUUAUUUACGCAAAUUAGCAAUUUUAAAGGAUGCUAUAAUUUCAGGGUGAAAACGCGUUUCAUAAUUAUUUAUUUACAAAUGAUAGUAAUUUCGUGUUGUCUUUUGAACUACUGGUAAUGUUUCCCAACGACCGUGCGAGAAAUAAGUAUUUUUUCCAAUAAAUAAUAUUUCAAAUACUAAUAAAAAUGGUUACUAUUUCUCUUUUAUUAACUUAAAUUUGUUCAUCGUCAUCAUAAUAAUAUUAAAAAUAGUAAUAGUUUAGUAAAAUAGCCAUUGCUAUACCCUUGUGGGUCGGGCCUUAACCUCCUGAAGUACAUUUUGCUAUCGCAAUCCAUUUAGUGCUUCUUGACUUCGAACCCUUAUUGUUUCGAGGUCCUUGACAACGCUAUCCCACUAACGAAGGCUCAGCAGCAGAAUUACUACAUUACUUUCGGAAUAUUCGGUACUAAAAAUAUUGAUUUGUAAUAACCAUUUUUAUUCUCCAAUUUUCACCCUAUUUAGUCAAAGUACUAGACUAGAUGACGCGUAAACUCAAAAGUGUUUUAUGUACAAAGAGAAUAAAUGUUAUGUCUAAAGUUUGGGAAGUUCUUCUAGUAUAGAUAUUCCGCAAUACAUAGGUUGUGUUUAAUGUUUUGUAAUUUAAUAUUAAUUUGGUGGCGUAGACAAAUACGAACCCGCUAUUAGAUGAUAGACAGGAGACGCCAAUUUUGUGGCUUUAUAUUUCUAUGAUUGAAGCUUAUAGUGUAUAAUAAAGAUGCUUAUUUCAUAAUUUAAUCUAUUACCAAGAAUACAGAUUAAUAUUGUAAGAUAUUUCUUCUAACGACUUGCGCGCACGAGUCCUUUGUCACUAUGGCUUCCUCACUCAUAACAAGUCUAUGGAUAUAUUGGAGAUGCGAUUACGACGUGACAACUGGGUGACAUUUAUGUACGCCACCGGAGAAUAAGCCCAUGUCGUUUGCAUUUGCUUUCCAAUUCUCGACUUUGGUGCACGCAAAAUAUCGUCAUCAUCAACACAAAAAGUGAAUAUACGAGAAGAGGAUAUUGAUCAUGAUCAAUAUCCUCUUCAUGUCAUUAUGUCGAUGUCAUUACAUCGUUAUUGAAGAAGUGGAAGAGAGACCAGCACUAUAUGAUAAAAAACUGAAAGAAUACUCUGACAUAAAUUUGAAAAUAAAGUAUGGGAAGAAAAUGUAGUUUACCCAGUAGUGUUUUUCCUUUUUUUCUGAGUUUGAUAAGUUCACAGACAACGACCGUCUCUUCGAAAUCCAUAUCGGCAAAUGACAGUUCGAUUUCAAAAAGUUUUGUCAGCCUUCAUGAGCGCACUCCACUUUAGAAACAUGAUGGGAUAAAAGUCGUGCGCGGCUAGCCUAACCUUUGGUUUAUUGUAGGGUAAGAUUACGAAGAUGAUUGAUGAGUCAUUGUUCGUACUAAGACCCUGAAUCUUACUCGUAAAGAUAUAGUUUUGACACAGAUGUUGGCACAAUUUACUUAACUUGUCGAGUACUAGCCUUACCUAAAAACCUUAAGAAUUACUUGUUCAUGAAUCUCUGAUAACUAAAUGUGAUCUUAUUUUAUACGUAGUUUUAGAAUGUUGAUAGUUAAAUCUACCUUCGUUGUGUCACCUAGGGUUGUUGUAGAAUCUAGUCAUUUCACUGUAAAUUCAGGAUGGCAUUGUUGGUAAAACCCAUGGCGUAUAUAGGAUCAAAUCCAAGGGGCACCUACUUGCUUUUAAAACAAAAUUAUCAAAUCCUCUGUGCCUCACUGCAGGGUUACACAAAAAUACGGCCUUAUAAAACGUGGAUAAAAGAUACAUUUUGUUACCAUGGUUACCAUUUGUUUACAUUAAUAAUAACACUAAUCCACGAUUUAUAGCUGUUUAUUAAAUUAAUAACUUAAGACAAACAAGCUACUCCCUAAAUCUGUAGUAGUCUGUAAACAAAACACCUUUGGAACAGUAGAUUUUAAACAACCAAAUUGAUAUAAAUUACAUGAAGGCGUCAAAAUCAUAUUGUGUAGAUUUUUUAAGAUUUCCGAAUGUGUGCAAUAUACAAAAUACAGAAACUGUUUCCUAAACAUUCCAAAUGUUGUAGUAGUCUGUUAGAAA